AUGGAGGGCAGAACAAGAUCAGAAUUCAAGAAGCAAGGCAGCCAACCCAUGAACUUGUACAAGACCAGCAAACACUGUUCUUCCAAAGCUCUCAAUCACUGGACACUGGUGGUGAUAAUCAUGCUAUGGGAUCAGCAAGUCAAUCCUUGGGGAAGCAUCCCAGAUUAUGCUGGCUGGCUCAUGACCAUCUCCACAGAUUGGCAAGAGAGGGAUGGAGGGAGG